UUGUAUUUGCGUUUCGGUCAUCAAUAGCAAAAAUUCGCGUUCUUUUGCAUUGGUGUUGCAUUUUGGCGAACAUGUCGAGGAGGAGCUGGGAACGGUGGCUGUGAAUGUGGGCGAGAAGUUGGAAAAAGGUUGCGUCCCCUUUCCCUCGCCUCUCAUGCAUCAUCGCCCCACUAUGGAGCGUCGGUCAUCAGUCUCCCUUUUUUGUUCAACUUGUGCCGUUCAAUUUUUCUACUGAGCGUCGUGCUUCAGUACAUUUUUAGAGAUCUUGAAGGUUGAGGUACUGCAAGACAAGAACAAACAAUCAUGCUGAGCGCCGCCGCAACCGCAGCCGCCAAGAUCAAACAAACUCCGGUUGCUGCAGCGAUCAGUGCCGCUGCAGCCAUAGCCGCAAUCUGCACCACCGUUGCGACUAGCUAUCACAGGAACAAACUCGAGGCAGAUGCCGAGAGGCGACACGCGUACAUGCGAGGCAUAUGUCAGCGCAAGCGAGCUGAGCGAGAUGCACGCCGACUUGUUCCGUUUGAGUGCAAUGUCGACCCAGAGUUGCAAGCGCUCAUCAUUUCGCUGCCCGUGCACGAGCUUGUCCAAGGCAUCCAAUCGCACCGGUUUACCUCCGAGCAGAUUGUACGCACGUACUGCCAGCGCGCAAAACUUUGCGGAGAGCGCUUUAACAGCAACGCUGAAGAGUUCUUCCACGAGGCCAUCGAGGAGGCGAAAGAAGCCGAUGCGUACUUUGCCUCCACCGGGCAGCUGAAGGGGCCUCUGCAUGGCAUUCCAAUUUCGGUCAAGGACCAGUUUGACCAGAAGGGUGCUGACUCGACUUGCGGCAUGGCUGCCAAGUGCUUUCAUCCGUCUGCAGAAGACGGCCUUCUCGUCCACCUCAUUCGUACUGCUGGCGGUAUUCCAUUCGUUCGGUCCAACGUCCCUCAAAUGCUCAUGGUGACCGAGACCCGAAACGAUAUUUGGGGGACUGCGUUGAACCCGUACAACACGAGUCGUGUCGCUGGCGGCAGCUCUGGAGGUGAAGGUGUGCUUCUGGCAUGCGCAGCCUCGCCGCUCGGGUUGGGAACCGACGUUGGUGGCAGUAUUCGAGUGCCCUCCAACUGGUGCGGUAUCUACGGAUUCAAACCCACACCCCAACGCAUGUCAACGGUCGGCCUGACGAAUGGCAUGUCGCCGCAGUACGGCCAGCAGGCAAUUCUGCCCGUCGCUGGGCCGAUGGGGCGGUGCGUCGAAGAUCUGACCAUCAUCAUGAAGUGCUGGUGGGUGGACGCCCUCUGGAACCGCGAUCCGUAUGUGCCUCGAAUGCCGUUCAACGACGCCAUCUACCGUUUUGCCGCCAUGCCCAAGGCGACGACCGCACAAUCAGCAGUGCCAGCGUUGCCGUUUGUCACCUGCGGCCCGCUGCUGGCUGCGACCUGUGCCAUGACGCCGUCGUCGCUCAGCUCAGCUUCAAGCAUUGCGCCCUCACGCGAAGACGAUGAGCGCGAAAAGUCGCCCUACCCCAGCAUGGCCAUUGACGUCGAGUCUGGCGCUCGGUCUCGAACCAGCUCGUUGAACUGCGGCAGCGCUUUUGGCAGCCUCGCGGCCGCCGGCGGGUUCAACCUGACCGACCCCUCACCGCGCCCUCGCAGCUCCAGCAUCCCCCACAUUGGCAGCUCGCUCUUUGGCGGAGCCAGCGCGGGCAUGCUGCUCGCGCGGCCGGCCGCUGAGGUGCCCACGCCACUGCGUCCCCGCAAGCUGCGGAUUGGCUACUUUACGACGACGGCGCUCUUUGAAAGCAGUCCCGCUUGUGCGCGUGCAGUCCAGGAGGUUGUUGCUUCGCUGACGGAGGCGGGCCACGAGCUCGUGUUCUUUGAGCCACCCAACCUGCAAGACGGCGCGAUGACGCUCAUGGGCUUGCUCAGCUGCGAUCGCGGGCUGGAGGCGUACAUUCGCGGUCUUCAGGGCGAGGCGCUCAACGACGCGUACGAGCCGCUCUACCAAGGCAGCAUCAUGUCGACCGCAGCGCGAACCGAGCUCGCGGACUCUGCUGAGCGCCAAGGCAUGUGGCGUCUGGCCGGCCUGGUGCGUGCGACCGGCGUCAAGAACGCCUUCGAGUACAAGGAGUACAUCCACAAGGCCAAAACGUACAAGAACGCCUUUGUCCAUGCAUGGCAAGCGGCGAAUCUUGACGCCCUCAUCUGCCCCACGAUGCCCCUGCCCGCGCUUCCGCAUCUGACAACAGCUCGGCUGAUCCCGGCGCAUUGCUACGCCAACCUGUUCAACCUGCUGCAUGUGCCUGCCGGCAGUGUUCCUGUCACGCACGUUCGUGCCGACGAGCAGUGCUACACGAGUGUCCACCGCGACGCCUUCACCGACCUUGCCGUCGAGGCCUCUGCAGGGACUGCAGGGCUUCCAGUCGGUGUGCAAGUUGUUGCGCUGCCCUUCCAAGACGAACUGUGUCUGCACGUCAUGGGUCUGAUCGAACGGACCAACGGCCUGCACGAGCAUGUCUCGCUCACCGCCGACCAGGCCUAAGAGUGUGUUGUACAGUUGUACAGUGGCUGUUUUUUUUGUUUCGUAUUUUUUUUUCUGUUCUGUCGUUCUCAGAUCCCCGAGUCAACUUGUCCUGCAGGUUGGUCCCUUGCACAAGACUACAUGUUGCUAGUUGUGCGAUGUUGAUAAACAGUCUCUCUCGUUCACCGUCCUGCCAUUCUUUUUACAUUUCGUUUUAG